AUGCUGCAGGGCCGGAAGUGCUGCACUUUGCCGGGCCCGCCCUUCUGCAUUGACACGAGCUGGUCCGCUUCAACGGUCGCUUUGCUGGUGCCAGUGGUGUGCUUGGCCAUCUUAUUUACGAUUUCCGUUGUGUCAUCUUGGAUCCUGCCGCAGCCGACAAAGGAGCCGGAGCAAAUGACAGAACGUGACGAGGCGUUCAUCAGCAGACCUGGCUCUCGCACGCCUCGGGUGUCAUGUCGCAGCGAGCUGAAGCAGCAGCUCGAGGUGGAGUGGACCGAGCGCCACUGCCUCCGAGUCUUGCCGGGCGCGGCGGAGUUUGCCAAUUCGACCUCGAGCCUCUUCGGGUCCUUGAAAGAGGCUUUUGACUUCCAGGUCGACAGCGUCCGCAACCAAUACGAGCACUUAUUGUCACUCUGGCGCUCCCAGUGCGCCAUGGUCGCUGACCGCUCGAUGGGCGAGGGCGCAUCCAUCAACGAGGGACUCAUGCUGCAAGAGGCAGUGGCGGAGCUGUACUACGAGAUGAUGGAUGGAUUUCUCCGCUGGCGGGCGAAGCUGGCUGACCACGAGCCUGCUGCUGUACCCACACUGUCGGGUGACCAGCCGCGUCCUGUUGGUGGGGCCAAGUGGGAGCCGCUGCACAAGGAUGGGCUCGAUGCGGCCACAGCGGCCGUCUUGUCACGGCAGUUGACGGAGAUGGCCGUCUACUUGCUGGUUUGGGGUGAAGCCGGCAAUGUGCGGUUCAUGCCGGAGGCAGUCUACUUUAUCACAGAGCUUGCCUUGGCGGCGAACCCCGCGGACUUUGAAGAGGUCUAUGGGGCACCGACGCCGGAACCCAGCUUGCCAGGUGCUCCGUUUAGGAGCAACUUUUUUCUGAGCAAGAUCAUCCGCCCGAUCUACAAUGUGGUCUUCGAUGAAUGGUACCAGUAUGUUGACAUCGACCAGAACUCCCAGAAGGACAAGAAGAAGCUGAAGCCAGGGCUGGACAAUUUUCUCCUACCCGAUGUGGCAAACUAUGAUGAUUGGAACGAGUUCUUCUGCGACCCGAGCCGCAUGGUGGAAGGUCUGCUGCUGCAGGAUGGCACCCGGCUCUUUGACCUGCAGCAUGAGCGUCGCUUCCUCGCCCUUCCCCGAGUGGACUGGCAGGUGACGCUCGAAGCGGCCGAAACCAAGACACACAGAGAGAUUCAUUCGCUCUGGGGUGUCUUUGCUGCUACGCAUAGGGUGGUGCUGCUGCACCUCAUCUUGUUCUUCACAGGAGUCUGCGCCGUGGCGGGCGACCCGGAGCCAUCUGACGAUGGGAAGGCGCCGCUGCUUGGGCAAAGCACGCCGGUGCGUUUCGCCGCCGUCGCGCUGGUGGUGCCAGUGCACGCGCUGCUCUGGGCCUGUGCCCGGUGGCAAGUGACGGGUCGCAUCCUGAGGAUGCAAGCACCCCUGGCCUGCAUCGGCCGUAGCAUUUGGAAAACAUUGUGGUGGAUGAUGCCAAUCGUCACCUAUGCUGCCAUUCGAGAUGCAGCCCUAGGCGACGAGAGUCAGUUCGGGCUGCCACUGGUGCCCCUUCUUGUUCUCCACUUUGCCCUCUCGGGCACGGGGCUGACCUACUUGCUGCUGGUCCCUUCGGGCUGCUGCUUGCGGAGCUGUGGUAGCAACUCAGACAAGAUGUGGGACCUAACGCCGGUCCCGUGCUACAUCCGCUUCGUGCGAUACUUGUUCUGGAUCCUGGUCUUCACGGUGAAGUUUAUGCUGGGCCUGAUCAUCUUCCGGGCCAUGUACGAGGCAACAGUUGCUCUGCAGAUAGCCCUUCCAGGCCGGGAAUCUGUAUCCGAACUGUCCGAGAUCUACUACAGCACCGAGUGGGGAUCCGACUUUCUCUUGUGGUUUGUGCUGUGGUUUACCACGCUUGUGCUCUUCAUCUCGGAUACGCAGUUGUGGUUCACCCUGAUGUGCUCCGUCUUGGGUGUGGCCACUGUCUUCGUCCAGCGCGGCUGCCGAAUCGUGAGUUGGGUGCUCGAGGACUCCGUGGCGAAGCUGCCAGAGCGUUUCUCCCGCAAGGUCCUGCCCUACUCCUUUGCCGGCUCUGACGGGCGAUCGGCGUCGGGGGAGCAGGUGGCGCAGUUCUCUCCUUUCUUCCCGGCCAUCUGGGACAGGAUCUUGGAGUACAUGCGUUAUGAGGACAAGAUCGACAACCAUUUGAUGGGAGACUUGUCCUUCAAGUCCGGGGAAUCCGGGCACCAAGUCUAUUGGAAGCAACUGCGGCAACCUUUGGCCAAGCGGCGGAGUCGUGAAGUGGUCACAUCCUCGGUGGACCCUCCCGAUGCUCCGGAGCCGCCUCCUCCGGAUACGUCUCCUCCCGAGGAGGCAGACUUCAUGACGGGCAGCUACGCGGCGACAACUGUCCGUGAAAAGCCGCCGCCGAAGCCCAGGCGUAAGGUGAAGGUGCCCGACAUCUUCCGGGAGAAGACGGCAUUUGAGGUGGGAUUCAAGACCUAUUGCUGUAUGCACGACCCGCAUUGGCCCAACAACCCGGAUGUCCAGUGGCGGAUUUUGGCCCUUUCCAGGGGCUUGGGCCUCCCGGUACCCCGCCCUUUCCGCGCUCCCUUCUUUCCGGGGCUUACAGUUUGCAUCCCCCACUAUGGGGAGUCCAUCCUCAUGCUGAAGAAGGAGCUCUUCCAGGGCCGGGAGGAGACGGUCCCACUCAUGGACUGGCUUGCAGCAAAGUACGAGGAGGAGUUUCUAACCUUCUCCAACAGGAUGCAGGUGAAGUGGGGUGAGACUGGCUGGCCCGUUGCUGGAAGUCAGUGGGAAGAGUACACAGACCAGCAAUGGAGCAGGAUCAGUGCGUGGGCAUCCAUGCGAAUGCAGACACUCUGGCGAACUGUGGCCGGCAUGUGCCUGUACCAUCCAGCACUGCAGUGCCACUGGGAGGUACAAGCUGAUAGAACCAGCAGUCUCGCGAAGCCGGGCAUUUGGAAUCCCAGCGAUUGCUUCACCUGCCUGGUGUCCAUGCAAAUGUACAAGUUCUUUGACAAGACGCAAUUGGAGCACACCAGCAGGAUGUUCGCGAAGUUUCCGGACUGCCUGAAAGUGGCCUUCAUCGAUUGUGAUGACAAGGGAAUCACUGCAGAGUCAGACCUGGUGCACCCAAAGCAGAAGCGGCGCUACUACAGCAGCCUCAUCGAUGCCGCAUGCGAAGACUUGCCCACGGGGGUGAAGAAGGCGAAGUAUCGCGUGGAGCUUCCCGGCUAUCCGAUCCUCGGGGAUGGCAAAAGUGACAACCAGAACCAUGCCAUUCCGUUCAUGCGCGGGCUCUUCACUCAAUGCAUCGAUGCGAAUCAGGGCGCCUACUUCGAGCAAAUGAUGCUGCUGCCUUGUGCGCUCGGCGAGUUCCGAUCGAGGCGGAGAGGUGAUGGACAGUCCAAACGCAUCGUCGGCUUCCCUGAGCACAUCACCAGUGACAUCGGGUCGAUCGGUGACUUUGCGGCCUCCGCCGAAGUCGCCUUCGGGACGAUCCUUCAGAGGACUUAUGCAGUGCUGGGUGCCAGAAUGCACUAUGGCCAUCCGGACAUCAUGAACAAGCUGUCCAUGAUGCAGCAGGGCGGCGUGUCCAAGGCGACGAAGACUGUGAACCUUUCCGAAGACAUCUUUGCAGGUAUGGACUUCACGCUUCGUGGAGAAGGGAGGUCCAUCAAGCACUCAGAGUACUUCCAUCUGGCGAAGGGCCGAGACCUGGGCUUCAACACGGUGCUGGGGUUCUUCUCGAAGCUCUCCUCUGGGACGGGCGAGCAGGUGCUGACGCGCCAAGCUUUCCGCUUGGGCCAAGUGCUGCAACUUCCAGAGGCCUUGACCUUCUACUAUGCGCAUGUGGGAUAUUACUUCACGCAGCUUUUCGUGUCCUGGAGUAUGCCUUUGCUGGUCUUUGUGUGGCUGCUGGUGCUGUUGGCAGACGAGGUGCGGGGUGGGGUCUUUGAGGCCUUCUUGAACCUGAACCAGGACACUAUGUCGUCAGCAGAAGUCAUGGCCAAGACGGUCGGGGUUUGGUUCUCCUGGCUCCUGCUGCUUUUCCUCAUUGCCACUUCGCUCCCCCUGCUUGCGGAGAUGUGGAUGGAGCGCAACUGCAAGGUUGCCUUCGAGAGAUUCUUCAAGCAGAUGUUCACCCUCUCACCGCUCAUGUUCAUCUUCCAGGCCAAGAUCAUUGGCCACUACGUCAUCAAUGAGAUCCGCUAUGGCGGUGCCACCUACGUGAGUACUGGACGAGGCCUUCCAACCGACCGCCGCCCCUUCAUUGGUGAAGCACAACCUGGCAAGUUCCAGCUGAAGAAAGUGGGUGGCUUGUACCUCGACUACGCAGCCAUCGCAUACUAUGAUGGGGUGACCCUGUUAGCCGGAGUCAUACUCAUCUUGGUCGCUGGCGGCGUUUCAGGUGCAGGCGAGUUUGCGGGAGACGUCUGGUGGAUCUUCAUCUGCUUGGGACUCACCGUGGUCUCCUGGCUCUGGGCACCCUUCAUCUUCAAUCCUUACCAGUUUGUGUGGAAGCAUUUCAAGGAGGAUUUUCGUGGUCUGGUGGCUUUCUUUCUGGAGGGAAGCGGCCGGCAUUGGGUGGAGUGGUACGACCGUACCCAGCUCAAGCCACGAAGCGGUGGACUUCACCGAUCCAUGGUGGACAUCACGUUUGUGGUGGCCGUCUUCUUCUUGGCUGCAUGGUAUGCGAUGAUCAACAUGAAGAUCGACGCUCUCAUGUUGGCCUACUCAGGUGCCGUCUCCGGCAACGUGCUUCACAUUGCAGUGCUCCUGCCGCCGAUCGGAGCUUCAUCCGUGUACUGUAUCCUGGCCGUGCUCUUUGAGACACUGGUCGGCUGCUCGUCCAUCCUCCGUCGGCGACUUCUCCGACCAAAGCGCUCGAAAGCGAAGAGCUUCAAAUUUGGCUCUGGCAAGUCUUCUGGCACCGUCGAGGACGGAAAGCGUGGUACUGCUCGCCGCGAUGUAGAAUCGGGCGCACGCGAGUCGACCGGCGUGACGGAAGAGGAGGAGGAGGAAGAGGAGGCGCCGCACGAAACGGCCCAGGAUCGUGACGUGGCCCCGGCACCUUCGGGUACAGCUCCCCCAACUGGGACGCUGCCUGGGGUCGAGGCACCUCGGCAAUGCUGUGAGUUUGGAAUCCCGCUCACCUUCUCCGCUUGGACGGUCUCGAUUCUGGACCUGGCGGAAGCUGUUUACGCAAUCUAUGUCUUCAUCGUCAUUGGCUGGAGGAAUGCAUUUGUUGCUGGUUUCAUUCUGAAGUGGGGCUUGCUUGUCAUGUGCAUCUUUUUCGGUGAGGGCAUGCUAAGGUCGCGCUGCUGCAACAUACUGGGCUGCUGUGGAUUACCUCUGCAGCUCUGGGUUCGAGCUCACCGCAUGUCCCGGGACAUUAUGGUGUCCUCCAUCAUUUUCUCAGUGAUGGUGCCAUUCGUUGUGCUGAACAGCAUCAACGACUACCUCUGCCCCGGCUGCUCAGCCCACCAGCUUCUGAUCUACAGAGACCCAGGCCACCUCGCACGGACCGAAGCUGUGGUCAUGGACGUGCUGGGCGAGGGCGAUUGGCUGGAUGGAGAGGUCGAUGAUGGGAGAGCCGUGUUCGACGGCACACUUCCGAAAUCGCAAGCAGCGCCAGAACAGCAGCGGUUUGGCUAG